AUGCCUUCUUUCACUCGUGCAGUCGCGUUGCUCCCCGCGCUCUUCUCAACCGUCGCGUAUGCCGUUCACCCAGUCGAAGUCCGCGGCCAGGACUUUGUCGACACCGUCACGAACAAGCGAUUGAUGAUCGUUGGUGUUGACUACCAGCCCGGAGGUCAAGGAGCAUACCAGCCCUCAAACAGCGAGGAUGCCCUCACAGAUGCCGAUGUUUGCCUGCGAGAUGCAACGCUUAUGCAGAAACUGGGUGUGAACACAAUCCGUGUCUACAAUCUCGACCCUUCGCUCGACCACUCCAAGUGUGCCUCCAUCUUCAAUGCCGCCGGUAUCUACAUGAUUCUUGAUGUCAACUCGCCCUUACCAGGAGAGAGCAUCAACCGCGAGGCGCCAUGGACUUCCUACAACAGCGAUUACCUUACUCGUGCGCUUGGUAUCAUCGAGAACUUCAAGGGCUUCCCUAAUACCCUGGGCUUUUUCUCCGCAAACGAGGUUAUGAACGACCUGUCCACUGCUGAGUUCAACCCACAAUACAUCCGGGCUGUCCAGCGUGACAUGAAGAAUUACAUCAAGAACCAUGCCGACCGCACCAUCCCAGUUGGCUACUCUGCUGCAGAUGUCCGUGAGAUCUUGCAAGAUACCUGGGCCUACAUGCAGUGUGUACAUGAAGAGGAUGCAUCAUCCUCCGACUUCUUUGGUCUCAACUCCUACAGCUGGUGCAACGGCGACAACUACCAGACUUCCGGCUACGAUGGCUUGGCCACCAUGUUCGCCGACUCUGCCAUUCCUGUCUUCUACAGUGAAUAUGGCUGCAACCGUGUUACUCCCCGGGACUUCGAUGAGGUCCAGGCGCUCUACGGUGACCAGAUGAGAGCACUCUCUGGUGGUCUCGUCUACGAGUACUCCCAGGAGGAGGCCAACUACGGUUUAGUCGAGAUUGAUCAAGACGGCUCUGUCAAGCUCCUCAAGGACUACGACAAUCUCCAAAACCAGUUCAACCAGCUCGAUAUCAGCUCCCUUGAGUCGACCAACCCUCAAUCUACCGAGAUCCAAGCACCUGAAUGCGACGCUAGCCUUAUAUCCGCGCAAGAAUUUGGCAAAAACUUUACGAUUCCGGCUGUUUGCCCUGGAUGCCAGGACCUUAUCGACAACGGUAUCGAGAACCCGCAGAACGGUGCUCUGGUGGACAUUGGUGACAGAAACGUCAAGCAGAAGGUCUACGGUAGCAAUGGCCAGCAAAUCCAGGACUUGUCGCUCAACGUUGUAUCGAAUGAUGGGUCUAACACACCCAGCGGCGAGAACACAAGCCCGAGCGGCACUCCAAGCUCCAGCAGUGGCAACCCCAGCCAGACUGGGGACGCUGCGCAGCCUUCGGAGACGCAAGGCGCAGCCUCGCACGUUGGGUCCAGCUGCACCGCAGCUCUGAUCGCCAUGUUCGUAUAUGCACUCUUCUUGUAA